AUGCUGGUUUCUCCCAUGGCAGAGAGGAACAAAGAACCUAUCCUGGAGGUUCUGGCUGACUAUGUAGAUGAAACAAGUUCAGCUUUUGGGCUGGAACUAGGAUCUGGGACUGGACAGCACGUAGUGCACUUUGCCCAGGCUCUACCCAGCGUGACCUGGCAACCUUCCGAAAUCAGUUCAGCUUCUCAACAGAGCAUCUGUGCUUACAUCCGUGCCACCAAAGUGACCAAUGUCCGAGAACCCCUGACCAUCGAUGUGUCACAGCCCUGGAGUCAGUGGGCUGGCCUGGGGCAGGGCUGCUGUGACUUCAUUGUGAUCAUCAACCUACUACACAUGACUGAACAAGGCCUGGAGGGGAUGUUUAAAGGUAUAGGACAACUGCUGAAACCUGGAGGCAUUUGCCUGGCCUACGGGCCUUUUGCCAUGAAUGGGAUCAUCCUACCAGAAUGCAAUGUGCAGCUAGAUGAAAUGCUUCAGGCCAGGAACCCCGAGUGGGGGCUGAGAGAUGUGGAGGAGCUUCGUCAGCUGGCCAACACCAAUGCGUUAUGGCUUGAGCGGAUGGUGGAGAUGCCUGAAUAUACCAAAUGCCUGAUCUUUCGCCGGAGGCAGUUAUCUGAAUGCUAGCUAUUGGAUAGCAGCAGC